UGCUGACGUCAUCAGGGUCACCGGGUCACCUGCGACUUCCGUGGUGCGCUGCGUUUGUCGUUUGUCUGUCGCUGUCGGCUGACGUUUCGACUGAACACUCACAGUCACCUGAGUUUUCUCCGAGGAAUAAGGCCAUUACUACUGCCUUAUCUAUCACGUCAACAUGCACAUCUCUCGGCUGAUGGUGUGGCUGGUUGUGAGCGCCGGCCCAGCGUGCAGCUCUCCAGCCUCCGUCUCCUCCAGCUCGUCCUUUGGCUCCUCCUCUGCCUCGUCUUCCGCCUCUGGAUCCGUCUCAUCCGCUUCUUCCUCCGCCUCCGGGUCUGCCGCAGCCUCCGUCUCCUCUGGGUCUGGCUCAGUCUCCUCUUCUGUCUCCUCCCGGUCCGGCUCUGUCUCCUCCCGGACCGGCUCUGUCUCCUCCUCCGUGUCCUCCGGGCCGACUUUGGCCGCCGCGGACUUCGACUACAGCGACCCGACAGACUACGGCGACUACGGCGACUACGGACCGGCCAAGCCGUCGCUCUCCUUCACCAUCUUCGAGGAUACGCAGGCGCGUCGGCCAGAAGCGCAGCAGACUCGGCUGUCGCCCUGCACCUGGGCCGUCGUCAACUGCUGCAACAACUCCGACGCCAGGGGCAGUCGGAUAGCGUGCUUCGAGCGGCAGGGCUGCAAGGGCGCCUGGUUUGAGGACCUCUGCACGCCGGAGGUGAAGCGUGGCGUAUUUCGCCAGGUGUUCGGCUCUAUCCAAGGGUAGUGGAGCGUGACUGUGACCUUAGGGCACUUCCGUCUGGCGCCCAAGGUUGCUCGCCGCCCGCCCUGAUGGUUGGCUACUGGUGAGGCCUACGAGCGCGCGCCGGGGCCUGUAGCGACGUGCCGGGUGGUCCGACUGUUCGGGGCUGGAUGGUUGUGGCACACGAUAAGGUUGGCUGGUCGGCCAGCAUGCCAGAGAAAACUGUGUUGCUGCGGUCUUGUUCCAGCGAUGGUUAAAAGGCAGCAAUAGCGUAAGGUACGUGGUUUAGUGUCAGAAUAGUGAAGAUGGCUUAUUCCAGCCGUCGGGUCUUUGCGAUGUCUGUGCAAGGUUUGGUCGAUGUUAUCCAGUAUUACGAAUUUGCUUACAUUCCUCACGUUUCUCGCCAUAGCUCGCGAAGCCUACAAGUAAUCGCCGAUGUGAAAUGGCCAUGCACGAUGAAGUUAGACACGUAGCACAUAUAUGUUUAUGUGUAUGGUCUUAUCACGACGUACAGGUGAAAGUACGCAGUACGCUGCGUGCUAGUUCCCUAGAGCUGCGCAAUUUUGGUAAUACUUCUUUCACAUUCCAAGAUUUGCUAACGCAUGAUGAAUCAUUCUGGCAGGCUGGACGAGAAGCCUGCCUGUUCAAUAAAGUGCUACACGUGCAGUGCAACGAUGCACGGACGCAAAGAAUAAGUGUUGAUGGAAUGCGUGAUUUGCCAAGAUUCAUGAACCCAUUCAAUCGCCACAUUUAGCUGCUCCGAUGGACAUGUUUUGAUGACUACAGAUGUUCUGCGCGGUACGUGAAUUUGUUUGCUACGUCUUGUUCAGUCGACAAAUCAUAGUUGUCGACGAGCGCGGCCAAGGCACCUGGCUCAAAUGCGAUGAUCUUUGUGGUGCAAGGCCGCCUUUUCAUACGUCCUCGCUUUUACCUCUGUUUUAGUGCGGUUCGUUUGGUAGUUUUGGAAGGAGGAAUGUUGGAAGAUUCUCGGCACCGCUUGUCUCGUGCUUUUGCAACCGCAUGAGGUCCAUAAAUAGGCUGAUCAGACUGUUCAGAGCUAACGCCACUCCCUAAGGUACAAUAAGUGGCACGGUUCUGUCAACGGCGUCCAUAAGUGCGUUGAAAUGUGACGUGUGAAAUGUGAAAUGUGAAAUGAAAUUUGAAUGUGACCCUAAAACGUGACGUCAUACGAAUAUACCGUUCCUGC